AUGGAUGAACAAUCAACAAAACACUCAGUCUCUUUGAGCGAGUUGGCCGAAUUGAAAGCAAAAGUUAAGCGUGAAAUCACCGAAGUUGAGGUAUUUGUUGAGCAGUGUUCAAGUCUCUACAAUUUGAUCCUUGACGCUCUUCACGAUCCGGGCACACAUCAGGAGCUCUCUCUACAAUGCAGCUUACUUGAGGAAAUGGCAACAAGAGUUGAAAGAGCUGGAGAUAGAUUGUCUGAACAACAACCAAAUACUGAGGGAACGGUCCAGCUGAGGAUGAACACAAUUAGCAGUGCUCUUGAACAAUUGCGAUUGAGAAGGGGUGGAUACAAUGGACAUAGCACUGAUUCGGAGAGUACAACUUCUCGUGGAUCGGGAGUCGGUUCCGAAAUGAGAAAUUGGUUACAAUCGGUGGAGAAGAGAUUGGGAGAAAAUGAGGAAAAAUUACAUCAUGGAUCACUUCUAAUAAAACUUUUGGCUGAUCAACAAGUACUUCAACUCGAGAUCCAAAGUGACGGACAGGCUUACAUCUGUCGAUUAGAACAACAUUUGAAAGGUGAUCCUCUCCUCUCUCCACAAUCAAUCGAUUCUUGUGGAAAUCUUCAAUCGGAUCGUCGUCGUCUUUUUGCCGAUUCUCUUCGGAAACGUUGGCACGCUGCUUAUCUAAACUCGCUGUCAUUGCAAAUUCGUAUUGAAGAAGCUCUUGCAAGCUAUUCGGACGAGUGGGAAUCGGAUUGUGAUCCUGACGUUGCCGCGCCUCCACUCAAAAGAGCAAGGCGUUGGUCCCUCGAUCAGCUAAAAUCCGGGUCAGAAUCAGAAGAAGAGGAGGAUACAUUCCCAUUUGCCCCAUCUGAAUACGAGAGUAUCAUGGAUGCACCAGGCACAACGACCGCAGCUCAAUCGGACAGUGCAUCGGAUGUCGAGAAUGGAAAUGAAACAAGAAACUGGGGAAGCACUCAGAAAGAUGUUGGUUAUUCAAGUGGGGAAAACAGUAUUCCAGAAGCACUCAAUCACGUCGCCGAUCAAGAACCCGAAGAAGAGCUACCAAGACGAAAAAUCGAUUGUUCUCCUUGCAAAAGUUUCUAUCGAACAGUUCCUCUAGAUACGGAUGCGAGUGACUGUGAAUUGUUGAAAAGUAAAAAUGAGCAGUUACUGUUACCCGAAGAAGCUCUCCUUUCCGACAGUAUGAUUGUCAACUAUGACACAAUGAAUUCAACAGUUCAUGAAAAUGAUUUUGAUGAGGUUUUGAAAUUGAUGGAUGAUGAUUGUAAAAUGAGUGACUCAUUUCACACGGAAUGGAGGGAAAUUCGAGCCGAUGCACAAAGGAGAAGAAGUCGAUCGGAUAGACAUUCAAUAUUGAAUUCGAUUAUGUUGGGGAAGGCCUCUUGUGACGCUUCAUCAGAGGACUCGUCUGAUUUCGAUGGAAUGAUGAAUCGAGAUGAAGAUAAUGAUGAAAAUUUCCUCGAAAAUAGUCCCAUGAAUAGAUCAAUGAUAUCAAAUGUGACAAUCGAAUCAACUCCCACUCAAUUCGGGUCAUUAAAAAGGGGAAGAAGUCAAAGGGGACUUCUUCUUCCAAAAAAUGCCUCUACUCUUUUAUUGGAAGUGACCGAAAUGGAUGCUUCAUUUACAUCAACUCGAUCUGAAUUCGUGCCUGGAAAACAACACAAUAAUAUGAGAUUGAGGAAGAGACUCAAGGUUCGUCGUCUUCCCCGCAGUAUGUCAGAUGGUGAACAUCUCGGUCUUCCCAAUUCAGCGCAUCCAACAGUUCGUGUCUCUCCCCCAAAAACACCAUUGGCUCGAUCAACCCGUCUGCUACAAAGAUUAGAUCAAGCGCUGCACAAUCAAGACAGCGACACAACAGCACAAGAACAAAGUGAUCAUGCCGCCUAUGAAUGGGAUGAUUAUCGGCCGCCAAACAAGGACGAUUCGGGAUUGGCGGAAACAGGUGAAUUAAGUGUGAUGACAAUGGGUGGAGUUGAUGAUCUCAUUCAUCAAGAUGAUGAUUACAAUAAACAUUUUGGUGGAAGUCAUCAAAUGUUAACAAGAUUGAUCACUGAAUCCCGUGCCAAUUUGCUGAUUGUAGCAAAAAGUCUCGAAGCUGUCGAUGAUCCCCAAGUUUUGCGUGACAUCGAAUUAAUCGCUAAGACAAAUAUCCGCCAGUUGGAGACCGCUGUGAAAAUCAACGGAGCCGGACAUCUUGAAGAAGUUCGAGAAUUGGAAGAAAUGAGAAGAGAAUGGUCAAGAUUACUCUCUCGUGUUCAUUCAGCUCAUUCAUCUCCAUCAACUGCACUUCCCGCUAUUCUCGCAAAGUUCGAGAAGUUCACACAAACGCUUCGAUCACUUGAUCAAACAUCAUCGAUGCAUUCAUUGAAUGGAAUGUCGUCAAUUCAUACACGGGAAGAUGCGACAAAAGCACUCUCAUCGAUGCUUCUCAUUCAAGAAAAUCUCGCGCAUGAUCGCGAUGAAUUGAGAUCUCUUCUCAUUUCCCCAUCCUUCAAAACCCUUCUCUCCGAACACACAUCCGAAUUUGAGGCGAUUUCAGAAGAUUUUGAUGAGGCUGUGGCGAAAAUCUCUGGAUUGGUGAACUCUCUUCGGAAGCUCAAUUCGGAAUGGUUUCAAUGGAAUUCACAACAAGAGCAAUUGAGAGAAAUAAUGAGACGAAUAGAUGAACAUCUAGCAACAGCUGAUCCAAUGAUGGUUAUUGAAGAAAUACAAAUUUGUCAAGAAAGAAUGGACAGUUUGGAGACGAUGUGCAAUUAUCUAAGUUCUUCAUUGAUGGAUCUUCAAGAUGAAGCAGAUAAUGGAAUCGAGCAUCGAUCAUCCACUCCAAUUCCAUUGAGGCCCGAUUUCUCAGCUGAACUCCGAUUAUAUGCAAAUGCACUUGAACAAUUGAAGUCUAGAUUCACCGAAGCGACUCGUAUUCCAACUCCGCCAUCUCCAUUCAAUCAAGAUGGAUUAAGAGAAAGAAAAUCAUUGAAAGAAAUGUCAACACAGGCCGAUUCUCCUUCAAUCCCUCAACCACCACCAAAAAGGAAAUCAACAAGAAUACAGAUAGCUUGUUUGUUGGGCGCUCUCGUUCUCUCAGUUGCCGCUUUCUUCUUUUCAUAUGUUUAUGGAGUUCCAUUCGGCCCUCAUCUCACAUAUGUUCGCGGACCGCCACCCGUU